AUCAAAAAAUACAAAUUGAUUGCGUUGCCUUUGCGUAGCCUGCAACGAAUUUCGAAAAGCACACAAAUGAUUAUCAGUCGUUGUUGUUGUUAUUGUUGUUGUUGUAGUUAGCAGCUUACAAAUCGAAUUGAAUAAUGCUAAAGACUUUGAAGCCGGACACAUUUGCCGGCUUACCAAAUGCCAAGUGCGGCGAGGUAUAUUUCCAGAGUCUAAACAGCUAUCGCAUCGAUUGCACUUUCUGCGAGAUGAAGAGCUUUGUGUUCGCCGACUUUCUGCUGCACAUACAGAACGAGCACUUCGACAAUGGACUGCUCAAUGCGGAGGUGCUGGUGCCGAAGCAGGAGAAAAUCGAAACUAAUUCGCCGCAAUUAGUCAACAAUCAUCAAUCGCAGCUCAAUCCAUUUACCUGGCAUGAAGUGGCCAAUGAUGAUGAUGAUGCUGAUGCUGAUGCUGAUAAUAACAGUGAGCAUGCAUUUAUCGAAGAUCCAAAAGAACUGCAUCACAAUGAUGGGGAUGAUGACGAUGAUGAUGACUAUGAUAACACGGCUGUGGAAGAUCCGGUUGGGCUAACUAAUAGCAUUAUGAAAUGGGACAGAAGCAGCUUGGCGGCGGAUCAGGUGCGACAAACACGCGCUCUCAAAAUCGACUACAAUGAAGAGUCGGACAUUGAGAAUACUGAUGGUCAGCAGCAGGAGCAGCACAAGCAGCAGCACGUUACAUCUCUUAAAGCCAAAAAGGAGCAACUGGCCUGUGCGCAAUGCAGUAAGGUGUAUCAAAGCAAAAAGACGCUGGAGCGUCACAUGGAGCGACAGCACAAAUUGUCAAUAAGUAUCGUUAUGGCCAACACAGAUGUCCACGAUGAUGAUGGUGACGUGGACGACGAUGAUGACGAUGACAACGAUGAUGAUGAUGUCGACGUCGACGUGGACUAUGCACCACCCAAGAAGCAUGCUGCAAAGCCGCAAAUUGAAUAUAAAUGCGAGCACUGCGAUAAAAUCUAUCGUGGCAAAUACACGUUGCGUCAGCAUGUGAAGCGAGAUCAUGAUAUUAAUCGGAGUGAAGCCUUUGUGUGCCUGGAGUGCAAUGCACAGCUGCCACGUUUGCGCCAGCUGGACGAGCAUGUUGUCAGUGUGCACGGUGGGGCGCCGUGUCUGUAUUGCGGCCGUCGCUAUAAGACACGCCACGAGCUGAAGCGCCACCAGCUGAAGCAUACAAAUGAACGGAAUGUGGCAUGCAAUCAUCCCGGUUGCGAUAAACGUUUCUUCACCGUCCGUCACAUGCGCAACCACAGCAAGGUGCACUCGGAGCAAAAGAAUUUCGUAUGUGAAAGCUGCGGCUACAGUUGCCGCAACAAGGAGACACUCCGUGUCCACCUGCGCAGCCAUACGGGCGAACGUCCGUUUGGUUGCAAGGUGUGCGAGAAGCGUUUCCCAUCCCAUUCCGGAUUGCGGGAGCACAUGGCCAUGCAUUCGACAGAGCGGCCGCAUGUGUGUACAGUGUGUGACGCAACAUUCUCUCGGCAGAAGGGCCUCUACCAUCACAAGUUCCUUCACGCGGAGACGAAACAGUUUGUGUGCAAGCUGUGCGGGAAUGCCUAUGCACAGGCAGCCGGAUUGGCUGGCCAUAUGCGCAAGCAUCGCAAUGACGAACUGAAUCGCUAAUAACGUGUCUAAGAUGUAUGUUAUCUUCUAAAUCGGAUCUUCCAACUAGCAUCACAAUUUUCUAUUUUCACAUUUGCAUGUUAUGUUAUAAUGUUUUUAUGUUUAAGAACUCAGGCAUAGGUUAGGCGCAUACAAAAUGUAUACAAUACAAUAUAUAUACACAUAUACAUAUAGAACAAAUGA